AUGACAACGACAGUGCCAUUGAUUUAUUCAUUCCCGGAAUUCUUGGGAGUUGCUGAUGCAGUUGCAGAUCACAUUAUUACUGCUCAAAAUCAAACUCUUUACAAUACUACAGAUCUUCAACAAAUUGAAUUAAUCAAACAAGGUAAAGCAAACACUCCAAUACAUAGCCCAAGGCAUAGUCAAAGUGGAAUAGAUUUAACUCCUUCCAUCAAAGCUGCUCUUAAUUCUCCACUACCAAGAAACGGAUCAUCACCAGCCAUCAAUAAUGGAGUCACUAGUACUACUAGUUCCAGUAGUAAAUCUAAAAAGGAAAAGAAAAUCCAAAAGAAACAGGAACAAAGAUUUAAAAUUGCUAUUUCCGGGGGGUCAUUAAUUAAAAUUUUACAUCAAGGUUUACUUCCAAGACAAGAUUCAAUUGAAUGGGAGAAAUGGGACAUUUAUUUUGCUGACGAAAGAUUGGUACCGUUUGAUAGCCCGGAUUCAAAUUAUGGUCAAGCCAAAAGAGAAAUCUUUGAUUUAAUUGAAGGUGAUAAAAAACCAAAGAUUUUCCAUAUAAAUGAAUCUUUGAUUGAUGAUCCUCAAGAAGCUGCUGAUGAUUAUGAGAAACAAUUGAUUAGUAAUUUUGCCAAAAAGGACUCGGUUAAAUUGCCAUUGUUUGACUUAUUAUUAUUGGGUUGUGCUCCAGAUGGUCAUAUUGCUUCAUUAUUUCCAAAUCAUGGUGAACAAUUGCGAGAAAAAUUGGCAUGGGUUUUACCAGUCACCAAUGCUCCUCUGGGUCCAGAAAACAGAAUCACCUUGUCUAUUCCUAUAAUUCUUCAUUCCAGUAGAGUCAGUUUUGUUGUUGAAGGUUUAACUAAGGCUCCGAUUAUCAAGAUUAUCAUGGAAAGACCAGAAAAGGGUUUACCAAGUUCAAUUGUUAAUGAAGGUGCUGCUGGUAAAGUUACAUGGUUUGUUGACGAUGAUGCAUUAAAUGAUCUUUAUGAGAAAAAGGUGAAGAAGUAUGUAUUCACUUACAAGUAG